AUGUCGGGUGCAGAAGUUUUAGGUGUCAUCUCCGGCGCCAUCACACUUAUCGAGGCCUCUAUUAAAUUUUACAAGACCGCCAAGGAAUCGUCAGGCUUGCCGCCUUCACUCCGCGAUGCAGCUUGUCGCCUUCCACUGAUCCAGAACAGUCUGAAGCUAGCGGCCCAGAGAGUACAAGAGGAUUGUCAGCCAACAGACUCAUAUCCUGCACUGGAGGCCGUCCUACAGAAAUGCAGCGAUAGAGCUGCACAGCUUCAUGACAUCUUUAGAGCCAUGAUCCCACCAACAAAAGCAAGUCGGACUGAAAGAUAUAUUAAGGCUGUGAGAUCAUUUCCUCAAGUCGAAAAGGCGAACGGGCUGGUUGAAGAGAUUCUGGCAGACCUGCAGGUUCUCACGUUGAAUCAAGUUGUUGAAUCUGCGGCAAGACAGCGGGUUUGGAACUCGAAAAAUAGUGGGAUGGAACAGAUCGUCGGGGGGGAAGUUGUGGUAACAUUAUACAAUGUUGGUCUCGGCAGGCAAUACGUUCACACAGGGCAAGGAAGCCAAAAUGUUGCGAGCAACACCGCGUCUCAAAUCAACGGCAAUUUCAACGGAGGGACAUUUUCUUUCACGCAGGCCUAA